AUGGACGCUUACCUUAGUCGUCUCAUGAAUGAUAAUGUCAACCCUGAUAGCCUCUUUGACGACGAGUAUUACCUGUUUGCUGGUGAAGGCUCAAAUCCUGAUGACAUGGAGCACGACGAAUUGGAAGACUCAAGACACAAUACCUAUGUCGACCAUGAGCCAUUGGACUAUGUCUACUCAAACCUCCCAGACCACACACACAUCCUGAAGCACGCCGCAAAUUGCGAUCACUGCAAGGCCAAGAAGUUUGUGUCUGAGGCCCCGGGAUUCUGCUGUCGCAGUGGGCAGAUCCAGCUGAAGCAACCGGAGCCCGUCCCGGAGCUAAUGAGGCUUUGGUCUGGCAUGGAUUCGGACUCAAGGCAUUUUCGGGAUAACAUACGAUUCUUCAACGGCCACUUCUCCUUCACAACCCUCAGCGUCAGCCUUGAUGAAAGCUACACAAACAUGAAGUCUGGGGUGUACACGUUCCGGGCGCACGGCACCAUCUACCACAACAUUCAUUCCUUCGGGCCAACAUCACGUCCAGAUCAUCUACAGUUGUACUUCUACGACGACGAUCCAGGCCUAACCCAUCGCAAGGCUGCCACCGAGCAAUUAGACCAAGAUGUCGUCAGAAAGUUAGUGGACAUACUCAGGGAAAACCCGUACUCCCAGCAGUUUAGGAGUUUGGGUGCGCACAGGGACAACCUCGACGAUUACAGGAUAGACCUCAACACUGACCAGAGACUAGAGCAACGGAAGUAUAAUAGUCCUCUGUCAUCUGAGGUCGCUGCAAUUUGGGUGGAGGGCACUGACCUAGCAAAGAGGUUCGAUCGUAGGAUUACACUUUGCGGGAAUGACAACCAGAGGCACAAGGGGAAUAGCAGGUUAUGCGUCUCGGUGAGAGACUACUACUAUUACAUGCUCCAGACACGACCUGGGAUAUUCAAUCCCAUACUCUGUGGAGCACGAUUGCUCCAGCAAUGGGGGGUGGACAUGUACAUCAAGAUUGAGAGUUGUAGGUUGAAAUGGUACAGGAAGAACCAAACAAAGAUCCGUGCCGACCUGUAUAAAGGAGUUGUUGAUGCAAUUACAUCCGGGGAGACCCGGGCAAGCGCUGUUGGAGUAAGGAUAGUGCUACCUGGAACGUACCCAGGUGGCGACCGCGACAUGAAGCGGAGGCAUAUGGAUGCCAUGGCAAUUGUCCAUACUUACGGGAAGCCUGACAUCUUCUUGACCAUGACCUGCAACCCUAACUGGGAAGAGAUAACGAAUGAGUUGUUUCCUGGACAGACAGCGCAAGACCGACCUGAUCUUGUGGCUCGUGUGUUCCAUGGCAAGCUAGAGGCUAUGAAAGAGAUGUUGUUCAAGAAGAAUAUACUGGGUGUUGUUGUUGCACAUGUAUGCGUAGUCGAGUUCCAAAAGAGGGGCCUCCCCCACGCACACUUUUUGUUGAUCAUGGAUUCUGCCUAUAAGCUUGUCGUUCCAGAGCAGUACGACCGACUCAUUUCUGCCGAGCUCCCAGACAAGCAAAAGUAUCCUGAACUCUACGCCUUGGUGGUGAAACAUAUGAUGCAUGGACCAUGCGGUGCUCUCAACCCCAAAAAUGUUUGCAUGCAACAGAACGAGUGCAAGUGCAGAUACCCGCGUUCGUUCAAUGAAAACACGGCACAGGGCAAGGACUCAUACCCUGUUUAUCGUCGUCGAGAUAAUGGUCGGCAGGCUAAGAUGUUCAAUUGCCACAUAAACGUUGAGGUUUGCUCCAGCAUAAAGGCCGUCAAAUACCUUUACAAGUACAUAUACAAGGGCCAUGAUAGGGCUUCUUUCAGCAUCGACCAGCCUGACGCUGAUGGUAACAUUGAUGAGAUCAAAAAAUACGUAGACGCGAGGGUGGCAUUCAAUGAGCAAGCUCACUUGACCGACGUAGUCGCCUAUGAGAAAGCUUCCAAAUCCAUGUUGACAGAGUAUUUUAAAGCUAACCAAAACCACCCGUGGGCUAGGAAUAUAUUGUACAAGGAUUUUCCUGGAAGGUUUACAUGGCAGAAGGGUAAGAAGUAUUGGAAAGAGCGGACAUCCUAUGAGGACCUGCUCACCGUGGACGGUAGGCUAUGCGGGAGCUUUAGAGAGGCUGCCGAAAGGUUGGGACUCAUCGAGGCAGAUAACACGCUUGACGACUGUCUUACCGAGGCAGGGCAGUGGGCGAUGCCAUGUUCGCUCAGGAGGCUCUUCGCAACAAUUUUGGUGCACUGUGAGCCAGGUGACCUGCGUGGUUUAUGGGAUAGGCACUUCGAGCCUAUGUCUGAUGACUAUCGGCGAUCACACACGUGCUCGAUUGAGGUGGAACAGAUGGUGUUGCUUGACAUUAGGGGUAUGUUGCAGUCCAUGGGCAAAGACAUAGCUGAUUUCUCUCUUCCAUGCAUUGACGAUGCAUUCGACCCAACCGAGGGAGAGGCCAGAGAAGUGAUCGAGGAAUCCAACGUCGAUUUUGACAUCAACGACACUAAAUUGGCCUCGUCGCUAAACUUGGAGCAGAGGGUUGCAUACGACGAGAUACUAGCUUCUGUUGAACGCGGUGAUGGGGGUGUGUUCUUUGUUGAUGGACCGGGAGGUACAGGGAAGACCUUCCUGUACAGGGCGCUGCUCGCCAAGGUUCGAAGCGAGGGAAACAUCGCUACCGCUACCGCGACGUCAGGCGUCGCCGCUUCUAUCAUGCCUGGAGGCAGGACUGCCCACUCGAGGUUCAAGAUCCCAUUGAGCUGCGACGAUGGCGCCUCAUGCACCUUCAUGAAACAGAGUGGUACCGCCAAGCUACUAAGGAUGGCCUCAUUGAUCUAUGGGACGAGGCCACCAUGA